AAAGGAAAGCGAAAGGAGGAUGCUUAGUUUCGUUUUCCACAGUAAUGCUGUUUACAGGCGGAUAUAUAACGACUCCGUCACAACAAUCUCAUUGCAUUCACAACAUUUCGGACAACCGAAGCCAGGACUCUGAACAAGCCGUUAUAACAACAAGGACAAUGAGUACAGAGUGGACCCCCUCGUUGUGGCAGGACACCUUUGAGGACAUGUUGGAUGAUGACCAGGAGCUGGAUUAUGAAGACCAGUGGACAUUCAAUUUCAACUACAGCCAGACAGACGAAGUCACCAAAGAUGAGAGGAGGAGAGGCUGGAAGGUCUACAGCCACUGUGCCUACGGAAAGUUCUAUUGUGAUUCCUGCUCUAAAACCUGGCCCUCAGCACGGGUGGUGGUGUUGUUCCGGUACCGGCUGCGGACUGAUGGGGCCCGGGGAACUGUGAUUAUGCGGCCCUUUGGUCAGGCCUGUCGACGUUGCCAUGACGAUGACUUCCUCUUCCCUGGUUUCUCCAAAGAGGAGGUGGAGAAAACCUUGCUCCGGCUGUUUGCAAAGAUUCGAAAGAACUGCUAUGGAGAGGAGGAAGAUGAUGACGAUGAUGAUGGCUCAGUGUGCUCUGAUAAAGUGAGGACCAAACCCCAUGAGGAAACCCUGUGUGAGGCCUGCAUACAGGGCAUCUGUUGUCAGGACUAGAUAGUGUGUCUAUGUGCGUGUGUGUCCGUGUGAGUGAGUGUGUGCGCGCGUGCGUGCGUGCAUGUGUGUGCGUGUGUGUUCAUGUGUGUGUGUGUUAGAGAAAGAGAGGGAGAAAACUUCUAAGAUUGUUACCGAACAUAAAACAGUUGAUGAAGAUACAUUUUCUUAUGUUUUGCUGUACAAAAAUAAAGCUGUGUCCACAAA